AUGACAAAUAAUACAAAUAACGCAGAAGGUACUAAAUUUAGCAUUGAAGGAAAAGGCUUGAAAUUAGAAACUGCGGAAGAUGUCCAAGAUUUUGUGAAUUCAAUAUUGGAAAUGGAUAGUUUGGAGGAAGUUGUGCUGAGCGGAAACACUUUUGGAGUUGAAGCUACUCAAGCAAUAGCCGAAGCUUUAAAAAAGAAAAGUACCAUUAAGGCAAUUGACGCGUCUGAUAUAUUUACGGGUAGACUUAGAGAAGAAAUUCCUCAUGCAGUGAAAGCUCUUUGUGACGCGCUUGAGGAUAAAGAAAAGCUUUUAGAACUUAAUUUCAGCAAUAACGCGUUUGGUCCUGCUGGCGCAGAACCGAUGGUUAAUUUUUUAACUAAUAAUCGUUGGCUUAAAAUUCUAAAACUUAAUAAUGUUGGUCUUGGGCCUGAGGGUGGUACAUUAAUUGGUAAAGCUUUAAUUGCUGCGGCUAGAAAAAAUUCCGCGGACGGUAAAAAGUCAUCAUUGACAACUAUUAUUGCUGGUCGUAAUCGAUUAGAGGAUGGAUCCAGCCAUGCUCUUGCUGAUGCUUUUGCUGCUCAUGGCACCUUGACAGAAAUUCGUAUCCCUCAAAAUGGUAUUAGAUCUGAGGGUAUCUUCGCUCUUUCUAAAGGAUUGGCUGCUUGCAAAGAUCUAGAGAUUCUCGAUCUACAAGACAAUACUUUUACAAAAAUUGGGUCUAAAGCCUUUACUGAGGCGCUUGUUAAUUGGCCAAAAUUGAAGUUCCUUAAUAUAGGAGAUUGCUAUUUAUCAAAAAAGGGUGGUGUAAUUAUAGCUGAAGCCCUUUUAAAAGGUCAUAACAAAAAUCUCGAAACUCUCGAUCUUCAAUAUAACGAAAUCGGUAGUAAAGGCAUUAGUAUUUUGGCUUCUGCGAUAUCUUUACAUCUAAAAAAUUUGAGUUCGUUAGAAUUAAUUGGAAAUAAUGUCAAUUCCGAAGAUACUUCAAUCAAAAAGGUAAUUUCUGCUUUAAAAGAACACGGAAAUGCCAAUGCCUUAGGAGAAUUAGACGAAGAAGAGGAAGAGGAGGAAGAUGAGGAAGAGGAGGAAGAAGAGGAAGAGGAGGAAGAGGAGGAAGAAAAAGAAGAGGAGGAAAAGAAAGAAGAGGAGGAAGAGAAAGAAGAAGAGGAGGAUAAACCUGAAGACGUUGAAGACUUAAUCGAACCAUUAAGUUCAGUAAAACUUUCUAUUGAAGAAAAGGAAAUAGAAGAUAAAACUUCACAAGAAAAUGAAUUAGAGAGCUUACCAGAAGAUAAGCCCAAGGAUUCUGCUAGCAUUUCUGUAAAUCCUCAACCUCAAAUAGAUAAUGUAAUUCAAGAUAAAGAAGUUUAUGAAACUAUAAAAGAAGAGGGUAGUCGCGAAAUUAAUGAAAAUCCGCCAGAAGUUAAACAUCAAGAAAUUAUUCGAGAAGUUUCUGAAGUUCAACCAGCAAAUGAACAAGUUGAAGCAAUUUCAGAACGCAUCCUUUCAGCACUUCAAGAAUGA